ACCGGUUUCUCAUCUCACACUGCAGGAACUCACACACACAAACACACACACUGUGUUUGGGACUAUGGCCUCCACCACCUCGGGUGAUGUUCUGCCUUCGGGCAGCCGGAUUUUCACCACCAUUCCAGACGUCUUCUUCAUCCCUGAGUUUGUGUUUGGAGGUUUGGUUUGGAUCCUGGUGGCGUCGACUCGGGUGGUUCCUGACAACCCUCUGGGCUGGGUGAUGUUCGUCUCCGUCUUCUGCUUCGUGGGGACAACGCUCUGGUUCUUCAUCUUCCUCUGUGGAGCCAAUCAGAGCAGCGUCUGGCCGUCCCUGGAUGUUGGUUUCCAUUUCCUGGCGGUGGUUUUCUUCCUGAGUGCGUCAGUGGAUCUGGCCUACGUCACUUUUAGAAACGGUGAAGAAUAUAAGCUAACUCCUACUGACGAAAGCCUCAAAAUCUUCCGACUGGACAUUGCUGCAGUGGUGAUGUCCUACGUCGCCACUCUUCUCUACUUCCUUCAUGCCAUUUUCUCUGCCAUUCGAUGGAAGAAUUCCUAAAAACAAACCUCUGAAAAGAAGAAGCAGAAGAAGAUUCUAAACGGAAGGAACCACAUAACCAGAUAACCUGACAAUGGAUUCAACCACUGAAUACUUCAUUAUUACCUUUUUAUUGUCAUGUCAGCAAGAAUAACUUGUUUUUUGAACCAAACAUUAAAUGAAUGAAUGACUGAUUCUGUUAUUGAGGUAAAGCUGCACAAUAUUACCUCACAGCUGGAUGUUUUUUAAUCAGAAAGGCAACAGAUUGGAGAAUAAACACAUAAAGUGAACCUGUUCAAGUAAAAAUGUGUUUUUUUGAAAUUAAUGUGCUAUAAAAACAGUGAAUGAGUGUAAAUCAGUAAUUAAACCAUUAAUCUAAUUAGGCUGGGAUGAUAUUUUAAGAUUAAUUUAACUGGGUUUUGUCAUCAAAUAAAGAAGAUCUUAAAGGGUCAGAUCACCUAAAUUUUCUUACUUUACAUUUUCUGAAGUUUGUAUUUGGAUUAUUUCUGUGUCAGAAAGUAGUUUGCUGCACAAACAACGCUGGUAUUUUUUUCAAAACUUACAUUUCCAGUGAUGUAAAACAACACAUUGUUUUGUUGAGGAGGCAUAGAUUAAAUUUUUAAGGGGAAAAUACCAAAAACUGACCAAGUAAAACCAAAAUGGUAGGAAACUUUUUAAUUACAAGUUUUAUAUGAAUCACUUUCAAACAUUGGCUCAAGCUGACAAAGAGACUUUAUAUUGUACAGCUACAAAGUUGUGGAAAUUUAGAGACAUCUUGGUUAUUUUUAAGUUUUUACUGUUUUAACAGAAGACAAAUGUUCAAAAUCUUCCAUUUAAAUAUCUUUCAUGUCUUUUCUUUCCGUUUUUAUGUACUGUACGGAUGAAUGUCUGGAAUGUGAGACUGUAAAUAUUUCAAUGAUUUUAUUUCAUAGGUGUUUUUGGACUCUAUGAUGUGAAAUAAAUGAAUCGGAAGUUCA